AUGGCUGAAGACCAUCCCAUCACAAUGUCCAUGUCAAAUUCGGACGGCUUGAAACUAAGGAGCCUGGGAAACAUCCGUCUCCGAGACCAUCACACCAACGAGAUCAUCCUCAUUCCAGCGCCAUCCAGAGACCCCAAUGACCCCUUGAGAUGGUCCCAGGCAUAUAAAUACUAUAUGGCUGGUCUCGUAUGCCUGGCAAUGCUCAUGUGUAACUUCCUCGCAGCAGGGCCUUCUAUUGCCAUAGUAGACACGACCCUCGAGUUUUUCCCAGGAGGGCCCUUGCCCCAGAGCAUAUCCCGGGUGGCAUACUUCUUCACCUCUACGGCACUCUUACAGGGCAUCGGCAACUUCCUUUGGAUCCCGCUCGCAAACAAGUAUGGUCGUCGACCUAUCUACAUCACGAGCUACCUCAUAUACUUCGUGUGCGCAGUAUGGCUUAUCUUCGAGAGAAGCUAUGGCGGUUUCCUGGGAGGCCGAAUCAUCUUGGGCUUCGGUGCCGGGGCCGCAGAGAGCAUAGCCCCUAUGUCCAUAGCGGAUGUCUUCUUCCUACAUGAAAGAGGAAAAAUCAUGGCACUCUACACGUCCUUCUUGUCCGUGGGAGUGGCUUUGGGCCUCAUCGUCGACGGACUCAUCCUGAUCAACAACGACUGGCGGGUGAUAUACCAAGUCGCUUCGGCGCUUAUAGGUUUUGUAUUAUUGCUGGCCUUCUUCACGUUUCCCGAGACGGCCUUCAAAAGAGAUACCCAAAACGACCCGAAUACAUCCGGGUCGGAGAGAGUCGACCUCGAGAAGGCAAACGCAACCCAAAACGACCGGAAUACAUCCGGGUCGGGGGAAGUCGACGUCGAGAAGCCAAACGCAACCCCACAACUACAUACCUUUAUUCCGAGAAAGGAGUCCUACCUUCAAAGCCUGAAGAUAUUCCGCAAGACCUUGACGGAGGAGAGCCUCUUGAAGAUGUUCGUCCGGCCCUUCGCGCUGAUCUGCCUACCCCCGGUCCUCUGGGCUGCUCUGGUCCAGUCCGUCACCAUCGGCUUUCUUGUGGCUGUCUCAUCGAACGUCGCCACGGCGUACCAGACCGCAUACGGCUUCGAGGCCUGGCAAGCGGGCCUGUGCUUCGUCGCGGCCGUCAUCGGCUCCCUCGUCGGCAUACCGGCCGGCGGCACGCUGGGAGACAAGACGGCAGACUGGUUUACGAAGCGCAACGGAGGAAUACGCGAACCCGAGAUGCGCCUGCCGGCGAUGAUGCUGUGUCUGAUAUCAACGCCGCUUGCGUUGAUUCUCUACGGGGUGGGCAUCGCGAAGCAGUUGCACUGGAUAUGUUCUACCAUUGGGCUAGGACUUCUCAACUUCUCCAUUACCCAAGGAACCUGUGUAUGUCUCGUAUAUGUCAUAGAUGCCUACCGGCCGGUAGCGGGAGAGGUCACUCUCGCCGUCCUCGGCUUCAAGUCUCUCUUCGGGUUCUUGCUGUCUUUCUAUACCAACCCUUGGGUGGAGGAAUCGGGUUAUAGCGCGGCAUACGGGACCAUGGCUUCAAUCGCAGCAGUUGUGCUGCUGUUUUGGAUUCCUCUCUACAUAUGGGGCAAACGCGUGCGCCAAGCGACCUGGAACUGGCCGUUUCUUUCCUACGUUCACUGGACGGAUGACCGGGAGGUUGGAGAAUAG